CGAAGUCUUUCGCAUCAUAUUCUCCGAUCCUCUGGCUGUUUGGCGUUUAAUUUGGAUUCAAUUGAAGAGGUAAUAUGGGUAAAGUGAAAGGGAAGCAUAGAUUAGAUAUCUACUAUAAGUUAGCCAAAGAACACGGCUACCGUUCCAGAGCAUCAUGGAAGUUAGUACAACUGGAUGACAAUUUUAGAUUUCUAAAAUCAGCGCAUGCUGUCCUCGACCUUUGUGCUGCUCCCGGUGGUUGGAUGCAAGUGGCCGUGCAACAUACACCCAUCGACAGCCUUGUACUCGGUCUUGAUCUUGUUCCCAUUGCUCCUAUACGAGGUGCCAUCGCUCUCCAACAAGACAUAACCAAAUCCGUUUGCAAGUCCAAGGUUAAACGAGUCAUGGAAGAGCACAGGGUUAUGGCUUUUGAUGUCGUUUUGCAUGAUGGAUCCCCUAAUGUUGGUGGUGCUUGGGCUCAAGAAAAAAUGAGCCAAAAUACUUUGGUUAUUGAUUCUGUUAAGCUGGCUACCCAGUUUUUGGCCCCUAAAGGCACCUUUGUCACCAAGGUUUUUAGGUCCCAAGAUUACAGUUCCGUUCUAUAUUGUCUCAAGCAGCUGUUUGAGGAGGUUAAAGUUUGGAAACCACAUGCUAGUCGCCCAGAAUCAGCUGAGACUUAUGUUUUGGGGCUAAGGUAUAAUGCCCCGGCAAAGAUUGAUCCACGCCUUCUUGAUUUCAAACAUCUAUUUCAGGGAUCGAUAGAACCACAAAAGAAGAUGAUAUAUCAAAAUUUUAGCUGGAUUUGGAUUAUUUAG